AUGGUCAAGCACUCGUCCGUUGCUGAGGCAUACUCCAUUCUCGGUCUUCAAGAGGGUGCCACUCUUGAGGAGGUCAAGUCUGCUUAUAGGCAGCAUGCGCUGCGCACUCAUCCAGACAAAAAUCCCAACAAUGCCGAUGCUACUGCACAAUUUCAGGCAGUCGGUGAUGCAUACACUGUCCUCCAAAGGCACCUGAAUCCACCUAUGGGCCCCAGACGGAUGCAUUCUCAUGGCAUGGACGAUGACGAAUAUGACGACUACGAAGGCUAUGGGGACUACGAGGAGGAUCUCUACGACUCUGAGGACGAAGCAGCCCGCACUGCAUUUUUCAAAACGCCUGGUGUAGCCGACCCUCACCGUAAUUAUCGUCGUCGAUCUCUCUCCCCUGAGACCCCCGAACAAUAUAGGGCUCGAAUCGAACGGACUCGCGCAGAGCAAAUCGAGGCUGAAACACGGCGCGCUGAAAAGGCAGCUGAACGCAAAGCUUUUGAAGCACGGCAACGCGAGAAAGAACGUAAAGAGGCAGCUGAGAGGCAACAAGCUAAAAUUGCGUCUAAAAAGGCAGAAUCUGUAGCCGCUCGUAAAAGAGCGGCUGAGACUGCUGAGGCUCAGCAACGGCGUAUCCAGACCAUAAGAUCAGAAGCUUUUUCGGCUGCACGUAAGGGAGACGUUGUCAAAGUCAAGAAGGCAGUUUGGGAAGAGAAUGUCGAUGCUGCUGGAGGCGAAAUCAAGCCUAGUUGCGAAACUUACGUCAAGAGGCCGCCUGAAGAUCCGAAGGAAACACUGUUACAUAUUGCUACACAGCGAGGUGAUGUUGACCUCGUGGAGUGGCUAGACGCCCACAGCGCAGAUCCGGAAGAGCGCAACUCUGCAGGGCUGUCGGCCUUCCACUUGGCGCUUCAGCAUGGUUACAUCCCAAUCAUAAACCAUUUCUUCCAGUCAUAUGAUCCGAAGCAAGACGACGACCAUAGUGCAAUUUAUAGCCUCUCACCACCAAUGUCGCUUCUUUCUCUAGCUUUGGAAUCUGGCCAGCCAGAGGUUGUGUGGUUGAUCCUCGAGAAGGGUCUAGCUUCCACCCAGGAUAUCGGAAAUGCAUGGACACAGGUUACGUCUGGACAGACCAAUCAGCCACUGUUCAAGAAACUUCCCCGAGAUUGUGUCAAAUUUUCAGAGAUCCAGAACCUUCUUAUGACGUUUGGAGGGUUCACACCGCCACCCACACCAAAGGUCUCGAUCUCAAAGGAUACGAGACAUAAUUCUCCUUCUCCCCUUUCGCCGUUUGCGCCGGACGGCUCUGCCAAGAGUCGUCAGCAGACUCGUCCCAAAAAACCAAGCGUCAACCAAUCUCGUCCCAACGCCCAACCUGCCAAAUUACCCCACAACAGCACCCCACUUUCCCCCUCAGAACCCGGAAAAAUUCAUUCGCGGGGUCCCGGUAGUGGACGUGGGCAGGGUCGCGGACGGGGUCGUGGACGGGGUCGCGGUCGCGGACGUGGAACCUAG